AACAAAGACAAACCCCAUUAAAACACCAUUGUUCUUCACCAUUUUCCUCUACUUCAGUCAAUUGAAGCCAAUAAUCCUCUCUUCUCUUCACAGUUGAAGCAAUGGCAGCCGUGAACUCCAGUGUGUUGGCUUGCAACUACGCCAUCUCCAGCACCGCAUCAUCCGAUGCCAACUGGAAGCUUGCAGCCAUGCCGUCUGUUGCAUCAUCACCGGUUGCAUCGACCCCCAAGUUUCCAAUGAUCAAGGCCCAACAGGCUAAAGCUUCUGAUUCCAAGGUAGAGAGAGGGAGCGAGGGUCGUAGAGCUGCACUUCUUUGCCUAGCGGCCGCUCUCUUCACAAGUACUGCUGCCUCCACCUCGUCUGCCAACGCCGGGAUCAUCGAAGAGUACCUCGAGAGGAGCAAGGCCAACAAGGAACUCAAUGACAAGAAGAGGCUGGCCACAAGUGGAGCAAACUUCGCCCGUGCUUACACAGUAGAGUUUGGCACCUGCAAGUUCCCUGAGAACUUCACCGGCUGCCAGGAUCUCGCCAAACAAAAGAAAGUACCUUUUAUAAGUGAUGACUUGGAGUUGGAGUGUGAGGGGAAGGAUAAAUACAAGUGUGGUUCUAAUGUUUUCUGGAAAUGGUGAACAGGCUGUCUCUCUGCUCUACCCCAACUUGUAAUUAAUUACUCUAAUCAAAUUUUCCAAUUGAGAAACUUUUGAUUCAAUUGUUGUGUAAUUCUCUGAUUUCUCUUUCAUAUUCCACUGCUUUCUUGUUUUCUGUUAAA